AAUCCAUCGCAUGGCAGACUGCGCGGGCACCAUGGCAAGCGGCUCCCCGAUCCACAUGCGCCCGUGCCUCCGUAUCGCGCCGGCUAAACCCCUGCUCGCAUUGCGUAGAUGCUUUUCGCCAGAUUCAGGUUCUGCCAUUUCGCCCAGAUGACACACUCGCCCUUCUUUUCUUCUAUCUCGGCGACUGCGGUCGCCUUUGUUGUAUUUGUAUGAAUUCUUCAGCAGUGCCUGGUAUCCCACUGUCCUCAGCUGCGUAGCACGCGCUUUUCCCCAUCAACAUGGCCGCCUCCGCGGCGGCGUUGGCCAACCGUCACGUCCUUUCCACAACACUUCUUCAUCUUUCGGAUAUGAAAUACAAAGAUAGACGGCAGUACGGGCCAGACCAGCCAGUAGAGUUCCUCGAAUUCCGACCAACAUUAGUACCCGCAAUUCUUGUGAACAAGCUGUGGGCAGACGAGGGCACUUCUAUCCUGUGGAGACGUUAUCCACAUCUCCCUUCUCUCAAGCAUAUGCCCUUGGAGCGACGGCAAUAUUACGCCAACAAGGUUCAUCAAGUCUUUGCGUUGAGCCCGCCACUGGGAGGCGUAGAGACUCUGGACUACCUGGAAGGCUUGUCAUGGCUUAAUCUGAAGAGCUUGGAACUUGAAGUCGACUUGCAACUCUAUGGCGCACCGUUCAGACGCAUGCUUCAUGCCGGACUGGAGCAUGUGGAACUGUCAGGAAUCCAGAGUGGAGGGUCACAGUACUUUAUUGAGACCAUUCUUCCGACUCUCUUCAAUCCUUGCAAGAACCUCAAGAGUAUACGUAUCGGCUCUGACACCAUUAUGGACGACGAUCCGGUCCAUGUCAGUGCCCUGUACGAGUAUCUCGAUGCGCUCCCUGCUAUACGAACGAUUGAAGUCAAGCUCGUCAAUCUGAUGGACAAAGAUGCCUUGUUCACACGCUUGAGCCAACGGCAAGGACUACAAAGUCUGCAGAUCGACCUCGAUCCAGGCUUAGCUCUUUUGCCGAUCCUCGCAGGACCGUAUGCACUACCAUCUCCUUUUGCGUCUCUCAGACGCUGCUCAAUAAUGUGCUACCCCGAGAUUGCAUUGGCCCUCCCUACGCAUCUACGGAUGCUAGAAGACCUGCAGCUAGACAUCGCGCGAGUACCCAUCUCACCGCAUCAGCCUGCAGACUUUACCAUCUUCGAGGAUAUGAUUGCGGAGCUGUCCCACUGCCCAAAGUUGCGAAACCUCAAGAUCGGUCUCAGCUCUCUCGCCGUAGACUUCCCGUCAUCCAUUUUGCUGCCACGAUUAUCCGGAUCUGCUCUUGCUAAACUUGCAGAAACGUGCCCAAAAUUAGAAGACGUCAACCUUCUUGUCACCGAACCAUCAGCGAUAGACGGCUCCUCGAUCUCGGGCAGGGAUUUCGAAAGCUUCUGCAAGGCUCUCCCUCAGCUUCGUAGCCUGAGUCUAAAGUUGCAACCGACAACUGCGUCAGCGUUGGAGAUGACAGCUCUUCAGAGCCUCGGCCAGUAUUGUUCUGAGCUUGAGGUACUCCGACUCAAGUUAGCCAUUCAACUUUCCAUUUUGCCGGGUUCUGAUAGCAUGCCGCGAAUUUUGAUAAGCGACGACGACGACUUUGCACCUGAAGUCCUAGCCCUCCAAGACGUUUCGCCACUUUUCCCCAAGCUUACACAUCUUGCUUUGUCACGCCCAGACACCGAUCUCGCGCCCGUACCCGACACCUUCACGAGUUCUGUUUCUUCACAAUCCACCUCCAUGGUCGAUCCUACCGUCGAAGAAGACCUCGUGCGCUCAUGGGCUCAUCCGCUCCUCACGCAUUUCCCUCGCCUUGAGAUACUGGAAGCUUGGGGCGACUUCAGUGGCCAGGAUAACGAAUGCCUCAACUAUUUCCUACCCACGCAGGAAAUCUUGGCUUCUACAUGGGAAUUUCUCAGCGGGAUUGAACAAGAUCUAUGGGAGGACGAUGUGGAGUCAUUCGAAGAGUCAUUCGAGGAAGGAAACAGCUGGCAUUCGCUAGAAGACUGGGAGAAGGCCAGCUUGACCAAUGAGUUUGCAUUUGGAGAGGAUGGGCCCGGGGACGUGCAUGAGGUGUAUCCGGACAUAGGCAAGCUUGCUCUGCGUGAUGAAGAGCCCGAGGGUAUGAUUACGCCUGGUAGGACACUUGCGUCUGGCGACUACUUUGAGGACUCGCCAACGCACGCUUGAAACCGAGUCUGGCUGACAGAUCUUAUUUCCUUGUACACGAUUUGAACGGCGAGCGUACAUACGACGAUGUGAUUUUUUUGUAUAGGUCUAGCUGGACUGGACGCCCCUCAGUUGAUACAUACCGGAAAUAGAUGGGUAGGACGACACGACUAUGAUAUGAAGAGCACAAGAAUGGGGGUUCGGACAAAGAUAUAUGGAUUUUUGCACGCUUUGGGAUGAACACACAGGUCAAUAGGGUUGUGUCGUACGCGUAAGAUAACAUGCACAU